AUGGGAACAGCCGCCAGUUUCCCGAACUUGUCAGUGCUACCAAGAUGUCGCCUGGCACGUCUAAACCCUGUGUCUGACUGUUGGUUUUGUUGUUACUACACAAAGGAGCUAUCAAAAAACCUCGAGCUAAGCACUAACAGUUUCCAGCGGCAGUUGCUUGCUGAGCGGAAAAGGGCAUUUGAGGCCUAUGAUGAAAACAAAGUUCUUCAAAAGGAGCUGCAGCGGCUCUAUCACAAGUUAAAGGAAAAGGAGAGAGAAUUGGAUAUAAAAAACAUAUACGCUAAUCGUCUGCCCAAGUCCUCUCCAAAGAAAGAAAAAGAAGUUAUUGCAAGAAAGCACGUAUCAUGCCAGAGUGACUUUACAGACCUGUGUACAAAGGGAGUACAGACCACUGAAGACUUGGAGCUGGAAGAGUUUCCCAUCACACCACAGACAGUUCUGUGUUACGAAAACAAAUGGAAUGAAACAGAGUAUCUUUCUUCGUACCUGGAGUACCACGAGCAAAGCGAGCGUGGAGCAGAGAUUCUACAUCCAGCUUUGGAAAAAGAAGAACCGCGCAGUGAAGAUCGGGAGGGAGGCUCUGGCAAGCAGGAGGCUUCGGGGAAGCCUGAGAGGGAACGAGAAAGAGAAGAACUUGAUAAAGUGAAGAGUCAGUCAUCUUUGCUAGGAAGAGCAGAGAAGCCAGCACUGGACACCGGAAGGUUCCAGAUGGAAACGUCUCAAACUCAGAAUGCUGAUAAACUCGAAGACGAGGCAGAAAGACUAAAGACAGAAAUGCUUCUUGCCAAACUGGACGAAAUCAACCAAGAACUCCAGGAUCCGCAGAACCUCAACCGGCCCCCUUUGCCCUUGCUCCCCAACUUUGAAUCAAAACUGCUUUCUCCAGACAGAAGCCCCAAAUCAUACACAUUCUCCGAGUCUUCAGACAGAAUUAACGGACAUCAUUUGUCAGACAUGAGUUUUUUAAGUCCCAGAGGAGAAGGCCGGAGCCCAGGACCAAUUCGAAGCCCGGGCCCUCCAGAUGAGUUUGCAUUUGGUAGCUACGUGCCUUCGUUUGCGAAAAUGUCAGGGAAGUCCAAUCCACUUAGCCAAAAAAGUAGCCUUUUAGAUUUCCAGAACAACAGUUUGGAAAGCCCGAGGAAGGACAAUGUAGAUUUCAUUUUGAGGAAGGAGAAGAAGGCGAACCUGAUGGAGGAGCUGUUCGGAUCCAGUGCCGGCGCCGGCGCCACCACCGUCUCCUCCAAGAGCGGUGGUGACCCGAACUUUCUGGCUGCCGGCAGAGGAGACUUGGACCCUCUUCAUUUCCCCUCUGGGGAUAAAAGCAGCAGAGUCCGGGAGCCUGAUGGUGAAGAUGAAGACUUUUUCCACAGCGAGGGAAGAAGUUUUAAUCCCAACAGGCCGCGGCCGAAACACACAAGCAAUAAGCCAACAGUCAAAGCUGCUGACCCUGUUGAUGAGGACAUUGAAGAGGUCACACUCCGAUGACUGACAGGAGCCCGCAGUAUAUAUAUAUGUGUGUGUAUAUAUUUUAAAUUGUAAAUAUUAAAGGAUUUUAAUACAGUA